CUAUUACCUUGUUUAAUAACAUUUAUUACAUAAGCUAAACGAGACAAGUGAGAGGAGUGUCGCGCGCGGUAACCAUUCAACAGAGCGACGAAAGCGGCGUUUGAAGACGAACGAAACAAGAUUUAUUUUCAUCAGAAAUACAUCUAAGGUGGUCCCUGUCUCUCUCCGCUUUUCCCGCCGUUAGGGUGAUGUCAAUCACCUGUCUCGCCCGCCUGGCAAGGUGCAGCGGGCCCCACGUCGGCCGCAGCGGCCUCCCCCAAAUGGCCGUAGCGCCACUUCUCAUCAAGCGGGCCGUCACCCUCCGCUGCAGGCGUCUCCACACCCCUUCAGACAAGCGUCGCAGCGGCUCGCGCUUCGACCCCGACAGCAGCGGGAAGCCCACCACCUGGGACUCCUUCGGCAUCUGGGACAACCGCAUCGACGAGCCCAUCCUGCUGCCGUCCAGCAUCCGCUACGGAAAGCCCAUCCCCAAGGUCAGCUUGUCCAAGGUGGGCUGCGCCUCACUCAUCGGUCAGCGCAAGGAGAACGAGGACCGCUUCCAGCUCUCGCAAAUCACCGACAACCUCAUUUACUUCGCCGUCUUCGACGGGCACGGCGGGCCAGAAGCCGCCGAUUUUUGCGACAGACACAUGGAGACGUUUAUCAAGGACCUUGUGGCUGACGAGGACAAUCUGGAACUGGUUUUAACUCGAGCUUUCCUGGAAGUUGACAAAGCUUUAGCCAAGCAUUUGCGCCGCUCCUCAGACGCGCCCGGGGCGAACGCGGGCACCACCGCCACGGUGGCGCUGCUGAGGGACGGCAUCGAGCUGGUGGUGGCCAGCGUGGGCGACAGCCGCGCCAUGUUGUGCCGCAAGGGCAAGGCGCUCAAGCUCACUGUGGACCACACGCCCGAGAGGAAGGACGAGAAAGAAAGGAUCAAGAGGAGUGGCGGUUUCAUCACCUGGAACAGUUUAGGGCAGUCCAACGUCAACGGCAGGUUAGCCAUGACGCGAAGCAUCGGGGACUUUGACUUGAAGGACAUGGGGGUCAUCGCGGAACCAGAAACCAAGAGAGUGUCGCUGAGCCACGUGCACGACUCCUUUCUGGCGCUCACCACCGAUGGCAUCAACUUUAUCAUGAACAGCCAGGAGAUCUGCAACGUCAUCAACCAGUGUCACGACCCCAAGGAGGCGGCGCAGCGCAUUUCUGAGCAGGCUCUCCAGUACGGUUCCGAAGACAACAGCACCAUCAUCGUGGUGCCUUUCGGCGCUUGGGGCAAGCACACCAGCUCGGACAGCGGUUUCUCCUUCAGCCGGAGCUUCGUGUCUAGCGGACGCUGGGCGUAGCGCCGCCGAAGACGCCGGGUCUGACGACCCUUCAAGCAAGUGCAAUAGUCCGCAACGGUUCUCUUAACUCAUUGACGGCGAUAGACGUCAAUGCGUUAAGAGGGAAAAAAACCUAAUCUGAUGUGUGACAACUGCUGUGAUAGUGCACUAAAAGUCUCCGCUUUUAUCCAUUGCGACGGGAAUUGGCGUGUAAUGGCUAAGACGUGGGGGACCGUGGAGUGAGGGUAUGAUCGUGUCGGUCCAGUUGGAAACUCGGUAGAACCUCUAAAGUUGUCGUUGUACGGUGAAAAAAUACUUUCUAAAUUUUGUUUGUGUUUCGGCUCUUCAAUACAAGAUAUUAAAAGUAGUAAAAAGUGAUGUGAUGCUCAAGUACACAUUUUGAAUGUUGAAACACAGGCCUUGAGCGCCCUCUUGGGGUUUAGUGUCGAAAUAACAUGUGAAAUGAUAUAAUUAACAAUUGACUGGCCAAAUUAUUUUUAGAAAAAAAAGAAAAAAAUCUGUGACUUAUAGUAUGAAAAAUACGGUAAUUUUGUUUUCAAUGAUGUGGGGCAAAAAUCUUAUGAGUCAUAGUAAGUUGUGAGAAUUAAGUAUGAUUGAUUGAAAGUUAACUAAUCUGCUUUUCCAAGAAAAAGUCAUUUUAAGACAAUAACUAUUCAAUUUUACACAAAUAAAUGAUUUUUUUUACACGCAGAAGUUGUCAUUUUAGUGGACUAAAAUGCUAUGAUAGGACAAUUUUGAUGCAACCCAAUUGAAAAAAUUAAUCUAGUUUGAUGUGAUUUCAAUCUGAAGACAAAACUGUCUGUGUUUGUCUUAUUAGAUACACGCAAAUUUAACUAUUUGCAGAUUAUUUUCACAAGUAUUUGACUUUUUUCCCAAAAAAUAUUUACAUUUUCUUGGAGUAAAAAACCUGUUGAAAAUCCUUGGCUAUUCAAAAAUUGUUCAGCUAUUCGCGCUAAUUUUUCGUGGAGUUCCACCACAUCUACUGUAAAUCCAUAUUUAGCGUCCCAGAAAUGGGUUCGUUUCAGAAUUUAGAGGUUCUACUGUCGCUGUUGGCAGCACUUAUUUGCACUUGGAGUCAAAUCAACUCGGACACAUUUCAUUUGGAAAUGAGUCCACUUACAUAUUUCAUAUCUGCCGUACUUAUUUGUAGAACUGUAGAAACCAAUUGUACCUUUUCCUCAUGAGGUGCUUGCGUUCUAGAAAUCAUUUGCACAGUCUAGCGGCUUAAAGAAGUGAAUGAACAAGCAUAUAUUUUUUUUUCUUUUGCCGGAAUGUUCUUAAGAAACUGUACGAGUGAACCUGACAUUUGUAAACGUUAUAUACAGGAUAUAUAUUUUUUGUAAUCACAAUCAAUGUUACACUGAGUGAGAUGUACAGAAAAUGUACGCGUUAUUAUUGUGUAAAUAGGAGCUAUUUAUGCAAAACUGUUGUUUGAAUUGUUAACUGACGCACAGUUCAUGUUGUAAUUUAUCCAUCCAUAUUUGUAAAUAUUAUUCUCAUUGUGGCGGCAAACAAGGCAACCUCAUUUCAAACACUCUUCUGUGAACGUCACUGUUGCGUGUUUUUUUUUUCAAUGACGUAAUCAUUGCUACAUGUGGAAUGUAUACAUGAAACGGACUGUAUAUAGUGGGUAUUACUUGGAAUUUAAUUAA